AUGGCGCGCGCUGCGGUGAUCCCUCAGUCCCCCGCGAAACGGGCGGGACGGCCAUCGACCAAAUCCACAGCUGCGACCGAGGCAAAGAAGAAAGCACCUCGAAAAGUGACACCCGCACCACGGACCGCAACCCCCGCUCUCGAUACCGAUGCGGACUCCGAUGAUGAACUGGGCUUCAUCACAACGAAACCGACGAAACCUAGCGGGCGACCCCCGGGCGUCCAGCUACCAAGCCAAAAAGGCCAACACAAUGACAGCAAAGAGCAGCUAGCACAACAAGAGCCGCCAAAGAAGCGCGUCGGAAGACCCAGGAAGAACCCACUUCCAACAGAAGCUACCGCGUCCAAGCCUGAGGUUGCGCCUAAGCCCAGGGGACGACCAAGAGCGGGUACAACAGCCAAGGCCCCCGCGACUCGUGAAACGGCGGCAUCGAGCAGGCGGACGCGAGCAGCUGCUGAUACGACUGAGACGAAACCGAAUACCAUCAAAAUUGCGACUAAUUCGACCACCAUGCGAUCGAAUCUUCUGCGUGGACCCGCUAAGAAGAAGACAGUGAAAUUCCAAGACGUUGCUGGUUCUGACGCCGAGGACACCGAGCCCGAGGUUCCCCCUGCUGGCCGUAGGCGGGUAGCCGCUAAUGGUGCAGGUGCUGGCAAGACCGGUCUUGCGGCGACCCCCGUCCGCAAGGCGGCUACAACUACUCGCGGAAGAAAGCCGGCGGCGAAGAAGGCUGCGCCUCAACCGUUGUCCCCUAAGAAGGCCAAGCAAGUGGCCAAGACAUUGUCGGCAUACGCAAGCUCCGAUUCAGAAGACGAUGAACUGAACACAAUCAAGGAUGACACUAAGCAAUCCGUCAAACUGCUUGUUCACUCGCCCGUGAAACAUGGGCUAGGGACCGCCGGACUGAGCUCUCCCGUGCGGAAGAUCAACUUUACCCCCAAGAAGGCUACCAGCUUUGUAGACGAGAAUGGCGAGCCGAAACUACCAACCCCCAAACACGGAUCAGAAGGCGUUGGCCUCAAUUCUCCAGUCAGGAAGAUCAAUUUCACUCCCAACCGCAGCCAGACCACAAUCGCAGACCACGGCCAUCUCGCUCUUCCACCUGGCAAUUCAGUUGUUUUCAGCGACUCUAUGUUCAUGUCUAGCCCUGCUAGAAGGCCACCGCAAUCAUCACCAUUCCGAUUCUCCAUCAAAGAGACCCCUAAUCGCGGGGUUUCCCUUUUCCAGGACAGCGUGAACCCGAUUUCCGCCCCUGAUUUCACACCUGGACGCCCUUCUCCGCUGAAGAUGUCACCGAAGAAAGGGUUAUUAGGCGCUUCUUUCUCGCAGUCGCCGUUCAAGGCUUCUACGGCAGCAGCCCCGGCUCGAACCCCUUUGUUUCAAAGCCCUGCUAAGAGGAUAGCCUCGCCAUUCAAAAGCUCAAUGUUUUCAGCCCGUGCAUCAGUCAGUGAGCCCAAACCAACCGACAAUGAUAGGACUCCGACCGAAUCAGUUGAGCUCGAUGAAACGACCAGCCCUAUUGCUUCGCCAAGGGAAAGCCACUUUGACGAGACUGAUUUCCAGAGGGACACUGAAAUGGUCGAAGAUGUGGCUCGAGACAUCUUCGGAAUUGAGCUGUCUUUUAAUGGAAAGUCAUCAUCGAGCCCUCCUGAGCGGGGAGAUGACGUGGCUACCGAAGCAGCCCAAUGUUCAGAGGACGAACUAAAUGCCGAUGAUCUGUGUGCGGAGGUUGAGGCUGAGACUGAAGCCGAGGGGGACUCAGGUCCCGAAGAGUAUGAGAACGAACAACUUCAGACUGGGGAUGAAGAGCUUGAAACCAUUUGCUUCGAUGUCAUGGAAGAUGCCAAUAUGGCUCAAGCCCCUUAUGAGCAAGCUCCUCAGGAAUACUCUGAAGUCGACGAAGAUUCUGAAGAGACGGAAGAACUGGAAGAACACGACCAACCUGAAUAUGAUGAGAUUGAUACUGUUUGCUUCGAUACUAUGGAAGGUGCCAAUAUGCCUCAGCAAGACCCUUAUGGGCGAGACCUCCAGGAAUACUCCGAAGCCGACGGAGAUCCUGAGGACACGGAGGAACACGACCACCUUGAAUACGAAGAGGCUGAUACUAUUUGCUUCGAUGCUAUGGAAGAUGCUCACACUGCUGCAAAAACUUUCUGUGACGAACAACUACAGGAAGCCUCGGAGUCCGAGACAGACAAAUACAUCCAAGAUGAGGCUGAUUAUGAGUACGAAGAGCUUGAAACAAUCUGCUUUGAUGCCAUGGAAGAUGCGCACGUCGCAGGGGAUGACUCGCAUGAAGCAACGGCCCAGACAACAGAUUCAGUGAUGGAGGACAUGAAUGACCCCGAAGAAGAACUGGCCGAGCUGGAGAAGGAGAUUGAGAAUGAAGAGCUUUAUGACCUCACUACUGGAUCCCGACUCCAAGAAUCAACGCCAGAGCCCACGAUGGCGGAAAUGGGGACUCAAACACAAAUGGAGGAACUUGUUUCGCCUCCAGUGUCGCCAUUUAAGUUUGCUUACAAGGAGGAGACCCAAUCGCCAGCUGCUUCGAAUUAUUCACUGGAAAAUGAAGGCGAAGGCGAAGGCCAAGAUGACGCUAUGAAAGACCCCCAGGAAGAGGACCAAGUCAUGAGCGAUAACAUCGAGGUGGAAGACACCGAGCCUACACCCAUCAAGUCUGAGCUUUCUACAAUCCACUCCCAAUUUGCUCCGCCACUUGAGAACAUUCACGUGGAGGAUAUCGCGAGUCCGCUCCAAGGAGAGCAAGCAAUCCCUUCGCCACUGCUGAGUCCCGCAGUCGGUGAAUCAACGCCCUUGUUCUUGAAUCGCCCAGCCAACAUCGAGAAUGACACUGGAUCCACUCUCGAUGCCAAGAAUGCCAAGAAUGAUAACAUUGACAUGCCCCUGCAUGAAGCAAAUAGCCCGACGCCAAGCACUCAGUUCAACAGCCCUGCGUUGAUGGCACCGAGUCUCUCCAACACUCCCAGCCUUGUCGACCAGCACCAAUCUCCUGCCAAGCGUAGCUUAGGCUUCACGCCGUUGGCACAGAAAUUUAGCCGGUGGGAACAGGAUACCCCUUCUCAGGCUAGAUCACUCCGGCCGCGUCGCCGUGGUGUUUUCUCGUUGGUAGGACCCUUGGACCGCACCAACACUGAAACUCCAAAAGACUCCGGUGGUGUUUCCUAUCCCGAUCUGUCAAGAAGCCCACUGUUGAACACUCCAUCUUUGUUUGCUGAAUUGCCACUCCAGCCACAAAGUGACGUGGCUGGGAUGAGCCCUGAGCAUGAGCAAACUUCACGGCGGUCUUCAAUUUACGAGGGCAAUCAAAUAAUAGAAUUGCCCUGCAGAAGCACGGAUAUCUUCGAGGAUCCUGAUUCGGGUUCGAACGAUCUGGAGCAUGCUCUUGCUUCCCAAGCCCCGCAAGAACGAAACAACGAGCUUGAUGCAAUCGAAGACAAGGAAAACCACGGCCCUGCAAUUGCCCCGUCGACCCCAAUGAAAGUUCACCGCGACGAACUUCGCACUAUCCACACGGUAUCAAAAGUGCCUUUGAAAGCCGAAGGCGACGUAUCGCCUCUCAAACUGUCGCGCAAGAGAGGUCUGUCCCUGUCGAGUACCUCUCCUACUCGUUCUUCCCCCCGUGUUCGCAAACCAGCCUUCAUGACGCUCAAGGACAAUGCCCCUGUUCUGACUCCCUCCCGGAAGGUUCCACGGGCGAGCAAAAGCCCAACACCCAAACGACGCUCCAUCACGGCUCGACGUAGUAGUGGGAAGGCACCCGUGAUGGCUUCACCGAGUGCAGCCAGCCCGGCUAAAAAGCCUCGUCGUAGCCUGCCCGCUGAACAAAAGGCUUUGCAUGGCGCGGUCGUGCAUGUGGAUGUCCACACCACCGAGGGCGAGGAUGCCUCGGGUAUCUUUGUGGAGCUUUUGCAGCAAAUGGGUGCCCGUUGCGUGAAAUCCUGGUCUUGGAACCCCCGUUCCAGUCUCUCACCAUCUGAUGGUCCGGAGCUCAAGGAUUUCAGGGUUGGCAUCACCCACGUCGUGUACAAGGAUGGUGGUCUUCGAACUCUGGAGAAGGUGAAGAAGGCAGCUGGCCUGGUUAAAUGUGUUGGAGUCGGCUGGGUCCUCGACUGCGAACGCGAGAACCAAUGGCUCGACGAAACUCCCUACGCGGUUGACAGCUCCAUUGUCCCACGCGGAGGCGCCAAGCGCCGCAAGAGCAUGGAGCCUCGCGCACUAAGCAACGUGAACGGCACGCUCGUGCGCGUUUCCGAGUCACCCGCUCCAUCUGCCGGUCGACGUCGCAGUGGUGUCAACCCAGGCGCCGUCGAGGGUUUCCGAAAGAUCACACCUCCAACUCACAAGCAACCGGCUACACCCCCACAACAAAUAUCUGCUGAUAGUUACAAAUUCCCCGCUACUCCAGGGUACAACUUUGCCAAUCUGGAUGCCAUUGGCAUGUCCCCUGCUACUCCCGCCUUCCUUGGAAAUCGAUCCAAGCUUGUGCAGCAGUCUUGCCCGCCGAAACAGACAAAUCGGGGUCUUUUCCCGAGUUCUAGGCCUACUGGUCGUCUGUCUGAUGAGGGGGAUGAUGAAGAAUCGAGGCGUCAGCGUCGGUUCCGCAUGGAGGCUGCACGCCGUAAGAGCCUUGUUUACAAGCCUGCCGUUGGUAGCCCGCUUGCUCCAUGA